UGUCCAUGUAUUAAUGAAAUUCUCAUUCAAGAAAGCUUUAUAAAAGAAGGUCUUUAUCUGAAAAGAGAUCCAAUCCUCGUAUCCCCAAAAGAUUCAAUCCUUUCACAUUCCUGUCAGGUGUAAAAAUGGUCCAAAUUCCUUCUACUAAUGAUUCGGAUCCCAAAGUGCCCGUAAGGCCUACUCAAUUUCGUCCAAUUCGCUACGAAGUUCAAGCUGAAAUGGAUAAAUUGUUUGGCUUAUCUCAAAUGCAAAAACGUCAAUUAGCGCUUCGUCAUCGAGACGAAGAUGGUCGAUUAUGGUUUGAUGGCUUAGAAGAAGAAGAAUUUCGUCAUUUGUUGCAGCCUAGAUCAAUUCCAAACAGUCCAAUGAGCCCUUUCGAUUGCGAUAUCUCUCGUAGAUCUUCAACCGCAACGGGCAUGUCAAAUUCCGUUCCAAGUUCUCCUACAAAUCCUUACUUUCCCUCAAGUGGACAUUCAUUUGAGAAUACAUUUGCUCGUAGAAGGUCUAGCAUUUCGACAAACUUUUUACUUCACUUUGAUGAUGCAAGCGAUCUUCAAAGACGAAAAAGUGUUCCAUUUAUGCCUUUGACUGCAAUGCUUGAAAGAGGAACCAAUCUCCAAUCAGAGACAUCUGUCAAUUCUGCCGAACAAGCCAAAGAUGUUCAACCAGUACCACUUUACAGACGUCGCAGGAACAAAAGGAGUAGAAGUGAUGAUGACAUUCACGUGCAGAGCAAGAACAAGGUUUUUCUGGAACGCUUAACGGCUGAAGGAGAUGAAAACCCUUUUGAAAAUGGUGUAAGCCCUCGGAAAAAGGACCACCUUCAUAUCACAGAGAAAGAAAUAGUCAUGCCCAGCUUUUUGCCAAUUCCUCGACAUCGCUUGGAUGAAAAAAUGUUAGAAGAAGCUUUUGGUCCUUUACAAAAAAGUCUAGAAGUUAAAACGAGCGACAAUAGCAUCACAACAAAUCUGAUAAAGCGUCAAAGCCCAAAUUCUUCUGCCGGUACAUCGCCCUCACCUACAAGGAUGCAGCGUGAAAUUUCAAAUCCUAUUUUGGAUGCUGAUAGGUUUAUGAAAAGAUCAAGAGCAAUUGAUGACAAUGAAUGCACUAUUUCAAGCUCAAAAAUCGACAGCAAUGAUGACCAAAGCAUAUCUAAGCAGAAAAAAGAACGUCGCAAUACGACUUUUAUCACAUCUGACAAUCCAAAAGCAGCGGCAAUGUUAGGCAUGACGCCCAAUAAUGAAAAACUUCUCGUUCCGGGUGGACUGGAAACUGGGGAACAUGUCUAUGAUGGAAUCGAGAUCCCGUGUGCCAGUGUCCGUUUGCAAAGUGACGAUGAAGGAGAAGAUGAAGAUGUGAAGAAUACUUCACGUGGUUUACGCACGAAGUUUGAUCGACAAAAGGAUAGAAUGAAGAGAGCAUUACAAUGAGAGUUUUUCACUCUUUUUAUCAAUUCGAAUGAUGACGAGAAUGGUGAUUGUACAUUGAUUGGGAGAGAUUUGAUACGCGUUUCCUUUCACCUACUAAUAAUACAUUAUUAUGCUUUGUAUUUCCUGUGUGCCUGCGUGCGUGCGCAAGAC